AUGAUGCGUAGCGCCAUGGCGGUGCGUUGUGCGCCGCUGUGUGCCAUGCGAGUGGUGUGUGCUGUGCCAAUGCGGGCGGUGCAUGCGUCUGCUGCGAAAUUUGAUGCGCCAUCGUCUGUGGAAGACAUGGCUGCUAGACUAUCGGAAAGUAAGCGAGCAGAAAAGACCAUGGAGCGCUUCUGGAAAGAUGUGUUCCUCGGGUACGAGGCGCCUACGAAUGGCGAUGACGAACAUUUUGUGGUGCAGCUGGAUCGGCGAAAUCUACGAACGCCUCAAGGCGCGAAGCUUGCGAUCCCCGCUGAUCGUCCAUUACUUGCCUGUCUCAUCGCGCAGGAAUGGGACGAACAAACCAAGGUCGUAAAGCCCCACUCCCUGCCGCUCACUUCGCUCAUGUCGCGUGCCAUUGAUGCAUUGCAGGACGAGCAGGGUCACAAAGAUGUGCAGGACUAUUUGAUGCGUUACUUUGAUACUGACGCUGUGUGUUUCCAUGACUCUGAGCCGGCGCGACUUGUCAGGCUGCAGGAAGAGCGGUGGACGCCGCUUCUUGAUUGGAUGCGCCGUUCGUUUGAUAUCGAAGUGAAUGUAGCGAAGGACUCGCUUGUGUGCCAACAGUCUCCAGAGACACGCGAGAAAGUCGCGCGUAUCGUUGCUGGCUUGCAGCCACUUGAUCUUGCGUCGUUGGAACGCGCCGUGAUGACCAGCAAAUCCAUGAUCAUUGGCCUUGCGCUGAUUCAUCGCCAUAUCGAGGCUGAACAAGCGGCUCUGGCCGCUGAAGUCGAGACAGCCAGCCAGGUCGCUGCCUGGGGUGCUAUUGACGAUACACACGACGUAGAUCAUGCCGAGCUACGUCGGCAGCUGGCGAGUGUAGCAUGUGCGCAGGUGACGACGGAGCCGGAACUUGUUGAGCGAUUCCUUGAAGUGCUCCGUCGCCGCGGCGGCGCCUUCCGAUCAUAG